AAUCAGCUGUUGGGUUGCGCGUCUACGCCGUGAUCGCGGAUCAGCUGGGCGAAGCAAAAUAACAGCCAGGACAAAAACAAGGCAGCAGUGCAGCACAAACAGGAUAAAAAUAAACACGACUAGAACAGAAGAAGAAGAAAAGAAAGACUUCGUGUAGUUUCACCACUAAAGUUUCUUCUAAGAAGAAAACCUUUUUUUUUUAAUAUAAUUGUAUUAUUUGGAUGUUGAUAGACUCCUGCUGCAUUACACUACCUCGAUUUUUUACUGCCUCGUCCACACGUUUACACGUUUUCAUCGGUGCUCCAGCAAAGGCAGGCCUUUGCAGUAAUAAAAAAGACCAUUCAUUUGCACUUUGAGAGUUCAUUGACUCUUGUAAGGUUCCUUCUACCAACAAGGGCUUAAAAAACACCAAUAACACCCGGUGCUAUUUUACACAGAGAAGUUCUAAGGCAGCUCUCCCUCAGGAAACCUACACAAUCCUAUCUGCCCUUUGACCUCCGAAGCGGCCAUGUUCCAGCGACUUAGCAACCUGCUGUUCGGAGCGGUGGAGAACGUCUCUGCCGAGCUGAAUGGACCCAAACCCUGCGUGACCGAGGUGGAUGAUGAGGGGUGGCUUCUGGUCAGCGUUCCCGGUGACGGAAACUGUACCAUGUUGGGUGAGGACGGGGCGGAGGUCCCAUCAAUAGCACAGUCUCUUCCACAUAGUAAAUGUCAGAGGGUGGAGUCUGGGUGUGAUAUAGCCACUCCCCCCUCUAGUAUAUGUGACCCCGCCCCUUUCUCAUGCAAACGGCGCAGGAUUAGAGCAAGCCGCUCUCAGGCGGCGUGUCCUCCCUUGUCCCGAUCCCUUCGCUCCCCUCUUUUCCUCGACUCUCCCUCCCCGCUUGGGUCAGGAGGAGCGAAUGCGCCGUCUGACUCCGCCCCCUGUGGGUUGGAUGAGAGUUGGUUCAUCACUCCUCCACCCUGUUUCACUGCAGAGGGAGCGCCGGCUGAGGCCAGCCCCAUGGAGGACCUGCUUAUCGAGCAUCCCAGCAUGUCUGUAUACGUCUCCUCUUCCAACCUGGAGCAGAGUGCAGCCAGCAUGGCUGAAAGCGUGGGCAGGAUGUCUGAAUCCACCCCAGCCCCCGUUUCCACUCGGCCAGUGCGAGGAUCAGCAUGUCAGGCGGUCCCUCUUGCCAAAGUGACUCAGGUGAAUCGUGUUCAGAGGGCCAAAGCUCGCGUGGAUCGUCGUCACUUGGCCCGCGGUCGCAUUCAGCGCCAGAACCGCACCCGCCAGCAGAUCCCACGCCACGUGGCUUACACGCGCAACUCCUUCCUGCACCAGCCGUGCCAUCGCAGCAUCUGCCACUGAUCCACGACCAUCAUCAUCAUCAUCACUACGUUGAACCAACCUCAAUCAUCCCUCAUCUCCGACCAUAUCUUCCAUACCGUCCUCUUCGGCUUCAAUGUCUUUCACAGAAACCCUCAUUCUAAGUUUUUUUUCUGCUCCAUCCGAACUGUUCGCUUUUCCAAUUAGCAUUCGACUAGCGUGGGCCUGCUCUAAAUAAAGGGGAGAAUGGCUAAUAAAAAAUUAGCAAAAAUUUGACAAAACAUGAAAGGCGCAGCACAGACACGGAAGUGGAAGAAAGCGAACAAGGGUCUGAGGCUAACGUUACUUACUCAUCCUUUAUUUACUUUCAUUUGUUGGAAAAGUCAAAUUUUCUCCACGUUUUUUUUUUUUUCAGUGUAAUUUCUUGAGUGAAAAUACCAGAGAGGAAAAAUAGGUGUUGCGAAACUAAAGCAUCAGAUCAGAGACAAAACAGUGCUACAGUGUCAAAAGUUUGGAAAUACCUUUUUUAGACACAUGUACUUUUGUUUCUAUGCAACAAACUCGGUCAUGUGACUGUAUGAAGAUUUACUUUGAGCAAACAAAGUAGUCCUUGUUGGUUCAUUUUCAGUUUCCGGAAUCUUCCCUGCUCCAAAACACCCCCAGACCAUUAAGCCUUCAGCUCCAUGUGGGACUGUGGGGGUGAAGGGAGUCUGAAUUCUUUUUGCCUUUUACCGAAUAUGUUGCAUAGAAACACAAACUCAAACACCAGGUGCUGUAUACAAGCAUGUAUUUAUUUAUUUUAUAUAAAGAGAAAAAGGCUUUAACAGCACACAGAAUGGCAAAGUAGGUAGAUGAAGGUAAAAGUGGGGAUAAAACAGAUUAAAGAGUGUUGGAUGCUGAUGGAGAAUUGAAGAAGGAGUGAAUAAGUAAGUAUCGUAGCCCACAGCAUUAACCGUAGCACAUUGAAGGGAAAAUCCAACAUACUGUGGAGUUUAAUUAGAAACAUAGGUUGGAUGAUUUUUACCUCAUUAUGCGUUGGUCAAUCACUCCAGGUGAGUUUAAGGUUAAGAAAAGGCAGAAGUUAAUUAAAAAUUAAAUUAAUUAAUUUAAAAAAAAAAUCAAUCUAUCUAUCUAUCUAUCUAUCUAUCUAUCUAUCUAUCUAUCUAUCUAUCUAUCUAUCUGUCUAUCUUUCUAUCUAUUACACCUUAAUUGAAUGAAGCUGCUGUGGGUUACGGGGUUUGGUGGUUUGUAGAAGAUGCAGGUUGAGGGUAAAGAAAUCGCGCUGCUACCUAGAGGAUGGAGAACAACGAUCAAUGACCCAGAAUAUUCAUCGUGUGAGUCCGGCGACUCAAAUCUGGAGUCUCAAAGCGGAAGGUUUGAUUUAGGUUUGAUUUAACCUAUAAAAAACAACAAUUCCUUCUUCACCUCUAGGUGGCGAUGUGAUCUUCUUUAAGAGAUUGUAUUUUAAAAAAGGCGACUCUUUAUUGUGUUUUGUUCCGUUACGUUCUUUUUAAACAUCUGUUCUAUUUGAUAUCUCAGACCCUUGAUCUUCCUCUCCAUGCUCCAGUGUCAGACCUGCAUCUAAAAAGGUUUAGCUAAAAAAAAAAAAUCGAUCACUGUGAUUAUAUUUGUAGACAGCGAAGAUCUCAGAAGUCAUCCGUCGUUCACCUAAGUCUUUCACGUUACGCUAAUCCAUCCCAGUAAGCAAAGAGUGACCAGUGAUGAAGGUUACUGAGACGACCUGGCCUGGCUAAUCAGGAAACUUCCUGUUUGUUUAAAUAUAGCUCAUUUUGGAAUUCCAUGUUUGCUCACUAAUAUCGCUAACAACGUUUUUAAACAUCUUAUUGUCUGGACAUCACAAGCAAAACCAUCCUAUUAUCAACCUUGACCCGGGAGUAAAAUUGUCCUCUGAAUCGCGAAGGGCAGAUAGCACUUUCCUCCACGUAUCUCAGAGAAGGCACCUCGGACGAAGCCUUUAGCUAGUGCGCAGGAACCCAUUAAUCCAAGAUGGCCGCCUCUAUAACGUAAUGUUAUGGUGGAAAUGUGAGUUUGAGCUUGUUAAUUAUUUCAGUUAGCCGUGUAAAAUCAAACAUCUGACAUAUAAAGAAAUUCCUUUCAUUUAUUCCGUUAGGAAUGCCGUGAUUGGUCAGUCCUGGUUUAGUGUUGUGACAUCACAACCAAAAUUUACAUAUUAUCACUGGGAUGUUUCCAUUUUCUUGUGUGUUUGUGUGUGAGAGAGAGAUGAGAUCCUCGAGAGUGAUGUACAUGCAUGUACAUCGAUGUUAGCAUGAUGGCUCUUGUGUGUUGUGGGAUGCAAACACACACACAACCACACACACACACACACACACACACACACACACACUCUCACAUGUCCACGUGCAGAAUCUAUACUCCUCCAUCAGUCAGUGUUACUUUACUCCAUGGGAUCCUCUGCGUAUCAUGGAUGCUGAUUAGAUUCACUAUGGUGCUGAACAUGUUUGACUGUUUGUAAAAUUCGACUUGGAUGUACAUUUGCACUGUCUUACAUUUUAUGGUGAAUCCAUUUUUACUAUUAGUUUGUUUGUUUUUUUGCCGUGUGGGACUGAAUCUGUUUUUAUUUCGAGAGGCUGAUGUCGACAUGCAUACGUUGGAAAACCAACUAUUUGAAAUUGUUCACAUUCACGUAUGGGUAUGUAAAUAUAAUGCACAGCUCUUUACAGUACAGUAUUUGAGUGAUGCGUGUUUGAUCCGAAUGAUGUCACCGUUUAUCGCUACGUUGAGCGCAUAGAUUUGAACUUACAUUAUUUUUCUUUCCAAAGAUUUAAACCCCAUAAUGUUUUUGUUUUUAUUGUUUUUGAAAUUAAGGGUGUCCCUUAUUGAAAAAUCAUCUUAUUCUUUUACUAUGGUAUACCUGCAUGUAAUGGGCUAUUUAGACGUAACCUGAUCGCUGAAAUUGUCCGAGGUGUUGGCGUGACUUAAUACAAAGAAAAUCUAUUAACGAAAUGUAAUAUAUUCAUAUAUUCCCCCUUAUAUAUGUUUUUUUUUUCUUCAUUAUGAGCAUCGAGUUGAUGUAUGGAUGUCAGUGGUGGAUCUUUCAGCGACAGUUUGCUGAUAUUGUCCUAGUUUGAUUCUGUCAGACUCUGUUCAAACGUUGGGCCACCAUUGUUGGCAGAAUUUGGGUCAAUUUUAAAUACAUUUUGCCCCAUUGGGUCAAUCUCAGCCAUUGUAUUGACCCAAUAGUUGGUAGCAGUGUUGACCCAACAUUUUGGCCAUUGAGCUUGAGAGACUUUCAGCUACUUUGUGUUCUAUUGCAAAUAUUGGGUCAAAAUUCACUGUUCCACUGGGACAAGGUUUGGUGCCAACAUUGGCCUAAUUCUCUCCGUUGGUCCGAUGCAAACUUUUAAAUCCAUCUAACCAGUGUUUAGUCAUCAUUGGCAGCAUUGCAAGAAUGCCUUUACCAACUUCAGACCAACAUUAGACCAGUGUUGGUCUGAAAACUUCUCCUUUCCCACUCCUUCUCACCAUAGACCUUGGUUUGCAACCUGGGUGUUAUUUAAGUAUCUCCUUUAUCAAUGUGGUGCUUCUCACCUCCUGUGCCAGUCCACACUGAGGUGAUGGUAAACCAUACACAGCAAUGUUUAUUUUUAACCUUCCACCCUUCUUACUCACUCUUUUAGUUUUUUUUUUUCUUCACCUGUGUGUGUAUAUAUGACUAAUGAAAUGUGUGUGGCUAUAGGGGGCAGUGUGUUACACCUCAGGGUAGCUUGGGGUAGAUUUGACUGUGUAGCUGGUGUGAUGUGAGAACAUAGACAGGGCGGGUAAAUAAAAAAAAUUAUUAAUGAACUAAAAUUAGAUAUAUAAAUAUAUAAUAUAUGUGCUUGUAUUUUUCCUUAUGGUUAGAUGCCGAUUUUUUUGUUUUAUUUUAUUCAAUGUUCACGAUUUAUUAUAUUGUGAAAAAUUAAGGGGGUGGACCAUCAAACAGUGAGACUGCAGUCGUCUGUUUGGAUCUUGCACCCUGAAACUAUGGCAGCUUCUUUAAAUGUAGGGGUUCACCUUGACGGGAGGGUUUCGUCCCUUUUUCUCUCUCCGAAACCUACACCCCCUUUCAAAAAAAAGUACAAAUAGAAUAUAUAUAUUAAAAAAAAAAGGAAUAAUGUAUAUGAUAACUAUGGUGAUCGUGCCUUUCACUAUUCUGCAUGUUUUUUUUGUUGGAUUUUUUUUGUUUCGUUUUGUUUUUUUGUGAUCAGCUGACUUUUCUAUCCUGUCUGUGUGGGCACUGGUCCGUAGGCAGUAGUAGAGACCUAUGCAAAAUACAAGGAUGGGGUUCCAACAUCCAUUCAGAAAUACAGGUACCAGGAAAAAAAAUAAAUAAAUAAACAAAAAACCUCUCAGGAUGAAACCUGAA